AUGUUUAAUAUUAGAUUUAGUAGUAGAGUUUCACCAGCGGUACUUUUAAUAAUGGUGUUGUUGCUUGUGGUGUCAAAUGCGGAAUUCAGUGGUUCGACCUAUGAAAUUUGUAUGGAAGCAUGGACAACUCAAAGCUUAAAGAAAUUCAAUGACUAUUGCAAUAGUUGUACACAUCAUCGUUAUAACCAUGAACCUACAAUAUUCCUAGAGACACUCGAUUCAAAGACAGAGAAGGAAUAUAAAGAUAUAUUAGAGCAAGCUGCAAGAGAACGAGCUGAAAGAAGAUUAGAUACAUCAAGAUAUGGUUCAGAGAAACGUGGUAAAGUAUUCAUUCGCACACCCGAAAACAGUGCAUCCGACUCACAAGAAUGGUACCAUUGUGUUUUGAAAGCCAAUAUGUUAUUCCUCUUUAAACAACCAACUGAUACAUCUGCAGUUGGUGUUAUUUGUUUCGAUGGAUGUUCGCUAAGUAUCAUUAGAAAUAAGACAUCGAAAUUCCACAAGAAGAACGGUAUCACUGUGUUGCAUGCCGAGCGAGAACUUCUCUUCCACUCAAAGAUUCUAAACUUUUACUUUGAGAAUGGCAAGGAACUAGAGACAUGGUAUUGGUUCCUCAAGGAAGCUGCCGCUCUCACACUAAAGAAAACACCAGAGGAGGAGUUGGAGACAAAGGUUAGCAAGCAGUUCUUUGCCGACUUGCCAGUGCGUGCCUGUGUACCACUCGCACAUCAAGCACCGAUCGGCAAUAUGAAUGGGACAAACAACAGCAUUGGAAACGGCAGCACUUUGAAUAGCAUCAAUGGAGGUGGACAUAAACGAUCGAGCAGCAACAGCAGCACGUCGUCGACAUCGACAUUGACAACGCCAUCCGUUAUCAUCUCACCGAAUGGCUCGAUAACUAAUCAACUCGAGGAGUCGGUGUUACGUGAGCGUAAAUCUGCGUCAUCGUACAUACCUUCUUCAUCGUCGUCAUCAUCAAACACACCAGCAUCAUCAACAAAUUCAUCACCACCAUUCACAUCGACCAGCAACAACAACACAACAAACAACUCAUCAUCUCCCAAUAUUAAUAUAACAGGUGUAAACAUCGAUCCAAACAAGAGUAAAGUAGUUCAAUACGAUUGGCUAAAUGUAUUACUGGGCAGAGUAUUCUUCAAUCUAUAUAAUUCAGAGGAACUUCUAGCAUUUGCAUCAUCUAAAAUCACAAAGAAACUAAACAAAUUAAAGAAACCAUCUAUUCUUAAAAGUAUAACAUUACAGAAUCUUGAUUUUGGACCAAACUUGCCGAUACUGCAGGAUGCUCAACUUUUGUUCUUAACACCACAGGGUGAACUUAGUGUGGAUCUCGUUGUAAAGUAUCAAGGUGGAUUCACACUUACCAUUCGUAUCGAAGUUUCAUUCAGUAUCAGAGGUAGAACUAUGACUAUACCACUAGUUAUAUCAGUACUUGUUAAAUCAUUAUCAGGAAGACUCAAUUUACAAUGUUUACCACCACCAACUAAAAGAUUGUGGGUUGGAUUCUACGAAGAACCACAGUGUGAGAUUGAGAUUGAUACAUCGAUCGGUGAAUCAAAGAGUAGUUACUUUAAUAUGCCAAAGAUUGCCAAGGUCAUCGUAAACAAACUGAAAGCAGAACUCUUUGAGAUGAUGGUCCUACCGAAUACCGACGACUGGCCACUGCCAUCCGGUCACCGACGUAAGAAAGCAAAGAAUGAAAUACCACCCGCUCAAAUCAAUCCAACCAAUAUACCAUCAACCCUUGAUGCACCACCAGAAUCAAUGUUAAAUUAUUAG